AGGACUGGUGCCUUUAACUUACAAGCAUCUCGGGGAGAGGAGGAAAAAAGGAUUUUCCCCCGGCUCUUAUCUGGAGGAAUAAAGCUGCUGCACAGCCGUCGCGACUUGGUCAACUUCAAACUCUAUAACCGGCAUCUUUCCUCGGAGAGAAACUAUCCUAUGAAGGCAGGUUUCCUCUGUAUUUUCCGACUUGGAUUAAGUUCUGCAUGGAAACAAAUGAUAUUUGAGAGGAGCGGAGAGAGGAGGUUGGUGUCGGGUACAAGCCUAUGUGUUUCUCCUCUUGUUCUUUUAUGCAUGGAUCUCGGAUACAAGCCUGUUUGAGUUUGACUUAAGUGGAAAAAAUAGUCCCUAUUGUUGCUGCUGCGUGAUCUAAAUCUUAUUCGAGUUUCAAAGAGAUCUGAAAGGGUUAAUCCGAGAAUUAAAGGAAAGUUCUUGAAGCAAUAAAGACAGGAUUCUAAGGGAGAGAAACAUAAGUAAUAUUUCAAAUUAUGGCAUUGAAGGCCAGAGUGUUGUACGACUUCCACUCUGAAAACCCUGGAGAGAUCUCCAUAACAGAGAAUGAGCUGGUGACCCUGUUCACUGAGGAGGAGCUGGAGGGCUGGCUGGAGGGGGAGAACAGCAGGGGGGAGGCUGGCCUCUUCCCUGCCUCCUAUGUGGAGAUCAUCAGGGACCACAUCACCUCCAACACCAACAACAACGGCAUCUCCUCGCCCAAAACCAAAGCCCUGACGCCCACCCACACCCCCUACACACCCCCGGACACCCAGUCUCAGAGAGGACUCGGGGCUGGCAGCAUUGGCAGUGGCGGAGGCAGCUUCCACACCAGCCAGGGCAGCGAUGACGACUGGGAUGACGACUGGGAUGACAGCUCUCCUGCAGCAGAUGCGCCUCGGGGUCUUGGCACCUCGCCUCCCUUGUACCCGGUGACCACCUCCUUGCCAGCGCGGCGUGAGAGCUCCCAGCAGCAUCAACACCAAGCCAAGAGCUCGGCGACAGUGGGGAGGAACCUCAACAGGUUCUCCACCUUUGUCAAGUCCGGAGGGGAGGCGUUCCUGCUUGGGGAGGCCUCUGCUUUCGUGAAGGACGGGGACAGGAUCUGUGUGGUGAUGGGGAAGCAUGGACCGGAGUGGCAGGAGGACCCGUAUCCAUUCACGUGCACCAUUGACGACCCCACUAAGCAGACCAAGUUCAAAGGCAUGAAGAGCUACAUGUCCUACGGCCUGACACCAACGCACACCAACACGCAAGUCAACCGCAGGUAUAAGCACUUCGACUGGCUGUACGCUCGGCUCGUGGAGCGCUUCCCGGUCAUCUCGGUGCCCCACCUGCCGGAGAAGCAGGCCACCGGCCGCUUCGAGGAGGACUUCAUCUCCAAGCGGAGGAAGGGACUGAUCUGGUGGAUGAACCACAUGACAAGCCACCCUGUGCUGGCACGCUGUGACGUUUUCCAGCAUUUCCUAACGUGCGGGGCAGACGAGAAGGCCUGGAAACAGGGCAAGAGGAAGGCCGAGAGGGACGAGCUAGUCGGGGCCAAUUUCUUCCUCACAAUCAGCACACCGUCUGUCCCGCUGGACCUCCAGGAGGUCGAGAGCAAGAUCGAAGGCUUCAAGACCUUCACCAAGAAGAUGGACGAGAACAUUGUGGUCGUGAACGCCACCAUCAACGAGUUCGCUCGGAAGCAGAUGGCGGGGUUCAAGAAGGAGUACCAGAAAGUCGGGCAGGCCUUCACGAUCCUGGGACAAUCGUUUGAGAUGGACCAGCAGGCCUACUCAGUGGGCCUGAACAAAGCCAUCGCCUACACUGGUGAAGCCUAUGAGGCGGUGGGAGAGUAUUUUGCUGAACAGCCGCCCCAGGACCUGGCACCCAUUUCUGACCUGCUGGACCUCUACAGAGGACACCUGGCUAAUUUUCCUGACAUCAUCCAUGUGCAGAAAGGUGCACUGACCAAGGUGAAAGACUGUCCAAAGCAGGAAGGUGAGCUCCACAACCGCUGCAACAUCAUUUCCUGCGCCACGCUGGCAGAGAUCCAGCACUUCCACCGCACACGCGUACGGGACUUCCGCGCACAGAUGCAGCACCACCUCCGCCAGCAGAUUGCCUUCUACCAGAAGAUCACCGCCAAGCUGGAGGACGCUCUUCAGAGAUACGAUGACGACCAGUAGGAAGAGAGAGAGAGAGAGAGAACAGAGAAGUUGGACUACAAAGGCCUUGAGGAAACGGAGGGGUAGCUUGAAGAGAGGAGCAGACGGGGGAUGAUUGAUGGGUUCUUCCUGCAGUAAUGGAGAACAUCUUAUCAUCCUUAAGAGAGAAAACUUUUUGAUGCAGUGAAACCUGGGCCUGGUGCAAGCAUUGAAAGAAAUAUACCACUCUUUUAAAAUAUAUAGGCCACUGGACUGUGGAAUGACAACUUCUUGGAUUAUCUGGACGGCUCUGAUGAAUGUACCAGUAACAGGGAUUUUGCUGACGCUCCAGGCACAUCUUGCAACUCAGCGGGACUGCGACAGAUAUUAAAAACAGCUGCUCUCAGUGUGACGGGGCUUGAUUCCCGGUUUCAGGGUCAUGUGAUCUCUCCAUGCCUCCGCUGCCUCACCACUUCAUGGAAACCUUCCGCUGUAGAUACGAAACUCCCCAAAUCACUUCAACUGGAUGUUUUAAUGAUUGAAAGACUUCAUGAAUUUGAUGAUUUUUGUUAUCUCUAUAUGUGUCUGUUUUUACUUGAAUGACCUGUUCAGUAUUGUUUUAAUGGGACGUGACAGAGGGGAAGUGAUUAUUCGUGAAUGCGGAAAGAGGAAAGUAGGCGUAAUCUACUUAAUGAGUUUAGUAGUUGGAUUUCAUUACAGCUGAAAUUUGACCUACUUCUGAUGUCUAACAUCUCUCACGAGGCAGAUGUGCUCACAUCUUUACUUUAUCAUAAUUUGAACAUCUGUGUUGUUCUGCAUUUUACUUAAAAUAAUAAUUGAUAUCCGACUUUUUGACAGGCUCCAGAGUUCUGUUUCUUUGGGUUGCUGCAGGCCUGGGGUUAUUAAGACCCUCAGUCCACAUCUGUCUUUCUGCUUUCCCUUAAUCAGGGGAGGUUAAAAGUUCAGACUUAUGGUACAGAUACUUCAACGCAGUUGAUGCUUCCAGGCGUUAAAGCUUUGAGCCCUGAUCCUCCAGUUUAAAGCCACUAUGUGUAGGCUUUUAUAUUAUUAUUUUAAAUUCUUCUGGGGGCUAGUUAUUUUUUUAAUUGUAAAAGACAAUCUUGGUGAAAAUCUUUGUGUUUCGUUCAUGCUGUUCUGUCUUUUUUGAUACAAGCACAAAGUUGGACAGAUCCUACACAGUGACCUUGAAGAUGGUUGCUCUUCUCAAUAUGCUAAUCAGCUAAAAAACAUUCUUCUUGUAAGAACCAAAAUAACCCAGCCAGCAACUAUAUAUGGGGCCUAUGUGGGUUGUAAAUGGGUUGAAAAAUGGGCCCUAUAUGGGAUUGUCGAUGGGUUUCAUAUUGGUCCCAUACCAAUGGCCACAUCAAUGGCUUUACCCAUUUAUGCUAGGGCUACCUGGGUACCAAGUGGGUAUGGGCCAAAAAUGGGCAUCUUAUCCGAGGCCCACUUGGAUAAACCCAGCUAUGUGGGCAACUGGCAUGGGGCCAAAACAUAACCCAUGAACAAUCCCAUAUAUAGACCGUUAAGAGCCGAAGUCACAAGGAUGUCAGUUUGUUAGCUGGAGGCAAAACACCACUUGCCACCACAGGGUUGUAGGCUAUGUAGGAGUCUUAAAAUGUCGUCUUAUUGGGAGCCAGAAUAGGAGUCAUGGCUCAAAACGUAAAUUUUAUCACAUACCAGCCGCAACUGCCCGUCAACAAAAAAGACAACUAUGGUUAAAUGUGAUAAGACGAAAGGACUGGACGAAGGCGAUCAUCAAAAAUGUUCACUUGUGCAGCGAGCACUUCAUAUCAGAUUAGGAGAAAAGUAUUUCCUGUUGUCGGGGUGGCCAGUCUGGUCCUGUUGGUCAGUGUUUACAUUUUUAAGUAGCAUUCGCAGUCCCAGAGAGUGUGUGACCUGAUGUGGUGGAUAAAAUCGGUUUGACGUGCUACACUAAAAUGAGAGACCUUUUGGUCGAAGAAACGGGGCGUUAUAUUUUUAUAUGAAUUAACAAACGGUUAAGUUAAUCACACAUUCACUCCACUCGUUGCUCUGCUGCUCCGAGAGUGUGCUGCUUUGGAUAACCGAAUGUUUCCGACAGUGUUGCGAAUGUACAAACGGUCCAGUUUGUGCACUCAGGCACUCGGAAUGAGUAUUUCUGAAUGCACCACUCGCAUAAUUUGCCUCCAGCUAAGCACCGCCCACCAAAAAAUAUCAUACUGUUUACUAACAGUAAAAGGGUCUAUAGCCCAUUUUUCAGCAUGUUUCCUACCCACACAGCCCCACAUUCAAAUGUUGGCAGGGAAGCUCACAGAACUGCGUCCCCAAUUGACAGACAUUUUUUGACAUCCAGAGGGAAGUUUAGGAUCUGGUGAAUUUAACCAUUACAAAUUGACCAUACAGUAGAUCGCUGCGAUAAUCAAUGGAAUGAAUUACAAUGGUUUACAGGAUCAAGUGCAGUCAGUUUGAUGCUUGCAUAGAGUAUUUCUGUUUAAUAUAACAUCAGGUGUUACUUCACAUUCCUUCACAUGUACUUCACAAGGUUUAUAACAGGAUACACCACCAGCCAGGUUGUUAACAGUGUUAUUCACAAACACAGAACUCACCA